UGGUGUUCUCCAGGUUUUCUCCAGCCCCUGCCAGAAAAUACAGGGAGCUCUCACCUCCAACAUGGAAUAUAUGCCUGCUAAUGAAUGGCUCUCACCUCCGCGAUGGGAUAUAUGCCUGCUAAUGAGUGUCUCUCACCUCCGCGAUGGGAUAUAUGCCUGCUAAGGAAUGGCACCCUCCUUCGACGAUGCAGAAGUGUUGGGAAUUUCAGUAACAAUGCUGAGCAUCUCAGUUAGCCAGAGGACACCGUUUUGCUGAAGGAAACUAAGAUAUCAGCUAUUGGCAAACUCACAAAAGUUGGAGAAUAUGACUCGAAGUUUGACCGCUGCACUUCAAGAGUGGAAAAGUGUAGAGGAAGAGUAUCAUCAGCUUCAGGAGAGCCACAGGCUUUACUUACAGAAACUUGAUGAGGUUUCCAAGCUGCAGAUCAAUUGUUCAUCUUCCAUUGCCCGCCAGCGGCAACGACUGAAGGACAUGUCUCAAUUAGUGAAAAGAUGUAGUAAGGAGGGACUGACAGAGGAGGAUGUCAAAACCUUGGAUGGGAUCAAGGAGCACAUCAAGGCUAGACCCAACACAUUCUUUGAAAUGGAGUCUUUCCUUCCCAAAGAAAAUGGGCUAUAUCUCAAUCUUGUUCUUGGUAAUGUAAAUGUGACUCUUCUGAGCAAACAGUCAAAAUUUGCCUACAAAGAUGAAUAUGAGAAAUUCAAGCUAUGCCUCACGGUUCUACUUCUAUUGUAUACCUUCAUGUGUUAUUUCUUUGUGAACUUUAGGUUCGCUGAUGCAGUUCUCAGUUUCCUGCUGCUGUGGUAUUACUGCACUCUCACCGUACGAGAGAGCAUUCUCAUCACCAACGGGUCCAGGAUCAAAGGCUGGUGGGUGUUGCACCAUUACAUCUCAGCAUUUCUGUCCGGAGUCAUGCUGACAUGGCCUGAUGGACACCUGUACCAGAGUUUCAGGAACCAAUUCCUUGCCUUCUCUUUGUACCAAAGCCUGGUUCACUGUAUGCAGUACUACUAUCAGAGUGGCUGUUUGUACAGACUAAGAACCCUGGGAGAAAGACACAACAUGGACCUGACUGUGGAGGGAUUUCAGUCCUGGAUGUGGCGAGGGCUGACCUUUCUUCUGCCCUUCCUGUUUUUUGGUCAUUUCUGGCAACUCUACAACGGACUGUCUCUGUUCAGUAUGGCUCAGCACCCAGAUUGCAGAGAGUGGCAGAUCUCAAUAUGUGGGAUCGCCUUCCUCAUUCUGUUCAUGGGCAACUUCUUCACAACUGUUGCAGUAGUUCGCACCAAGCUGAAGAGCAAGGACCAGGCAGAGCCUAAGGAUCAGUAAAAUGAAGAGCACAAACUACAUUCACGGCUAAUUCUUGUAGUUGUUUUCAACAGAACACUAACUGUUUAUAUUCAUGGCUCAUUAACCAGUGUUGGAGGAGAACAGGCUGUAUUCAAUUAUUCCAUUACAUGGUCGAUUCACGGUACAACUGUAAGUACUAUGCCCUUCAUAAUUAUUGACAACUUGGUAAAGAUGAGCAAAAUCCGAAACGCCCCAAAAUCUAAUCUUAUAAUUAUUUUAGAUUGUUACAAAAUAAAUUAAAUUCUGAAUCAAAAAAUAAAUAUGUAGAAUGUGUCAAGAUUCCCAUUCCCAUUAUUACAGUAUAAACUGCCAACUAUUUAUAUUUUUCAAGUUCAUAUGAGUCCUUGGGAACUUAUAAGUGGUAAUCCAUUCCUGUUUCACUUAGUAUAAAUAUGAGGUAAAUCACAUUCCAAACAUCCUUAGUCAUCUAUUAACAGUGGUUCAGAAACCACCAAUGAAGAGACAAAAAUGACAACGUAUUGAUUUGACUUAAAUAUUUCUCAAAUGUAAGUGCAUUUUGGCUAAAAUGGUUCACUGUUUCCUUCAUUUUUACAAAAACUAGACUAAAGGAAAAUAAUUUGACUAAGAAAUCAGAAUAUUUUUGUCAAAUUUAUAAAAGGGUGCCAUAAUGAACAGUGAGCUGGGUCUUUCUUGGUUCUUUCAGCAGGACAAGUUUUUCGAAGUAUUACUACAGAAUCAAGCUUUUGCACUAGCCAUCCCAGUCCCCUGACCUAAACCCCAUUCAAAAACCUGUGGGUGAGCUGAAGAGGAGAAUCCACAAGCAAGAGCUAAGGACUGACAAAAGUUUGAGAUUUUAUUUUUAUUUAAACAUACCCUCAAUAAAAGGUUUAUAUGUGUAAGAUCAUGUUUAUAAACAACAAUUAAAUUCUUCAAUAACUUUUUUCAUCUUUACCAAGAACAAUCAUUCUGAAGGACAAUAUUUCUGAAUGGGUUAAACAAUAAAAUGUUCACUUCAGUGACAGAACAGGUGUUGGGCAACAGUGUUAUAUGUUCAACACAGAAAUCCAACACAGAAUAAUUAUUGAUUAAAUUAUAAUGACCUAAUAACUUUGCCUUGCUAUGUAUGAACUAUAUAUUAAAAACAUAUUUUUUUAUUUAAUGUACCUACCCGGUCAGAAUGAAAAUAAUAAUAGUGUCUUAGCGUUCAUAUGAUGACCUUUGACAUUCAGACAAUAAUUUAUUAGGGCUUUUAUGUUAUGCCUGUAAGGAAAUUUGCAAUCUUGCAGUUUCUUUGUAAAUUAGUAGUCAUUGCAAAGAUGAAUAUGUUCAGACAUGCUUGGCUCAUUCAAGAAAAUUCUUCCAUGAGAGUCAAAAGAUUGUGAAGACGUAGAUACACAUGCCAAAUGACAAUAAACCUUUAUUG